UCAUAGAUUAAUACGCAAUCAGGUCCCUGGAAGAAAUUUUUUAUAGAUUAAUAAGCAAACAGGUCCCUGAAAGAAAUUUUUUUACAGUUUAGUCCCUUCGCCGCCGCUGGCCUGCUUCUCCGGCCACCGUGCAUUGAGCAACCUUGGCCUGGAAAACCUCCUCCCGCGCAUCCCCACCGGCGGCGGCGGCGGAGGCAUGGGGUUCUCUUUGCACCCCAUGAAGACGUCCACGCGCUUGCUGUGGAGCACCAGCUUCUUCCGCCACAAGUUCCCGGCCAUCGCCGUCGCCGUCGCCAUCGCCGCGUUCUAGCUCAGCCCCGGCAAAGCCGGUGACCUCCAGUGUUUCAAGAGGAGGUAGAGGAGCGUGUAGAUACUAUAGAUAUAUUUGCAGUUUGAAGACGAGGUGGAGGGGCGUACUUGUGCAGCAUGGACUCCGGUCGCCUCGCGUUCAGCUCCGCCGCCGCGGCGCCGUGUCGGGUCGCCGGCGCGGGUGGCGGGCAGAUGCUGCUCUUUGGCGGCCAUGGCGGCUUUCUCGGAGGCUCGCCGGCGGUGGCCGGCGUGGAGGACGCAGAGCGGCGGCGGAAGAGGCCGUUCCUGACGACGUCGCACAAGGAGCUCGAGCUCCAGCUGGACCUCGUCGAGGAGCUGUACGGCGUCGGCCUGGACGAGCAAGGGUCGUCGUCGUCGGAGGCGGCGGCGGCGAGGACGAAGCGGCGACUGACGGCGGAGCAGGUGCGAGCGCUGGAGCGGAGCUUCGAGGAGGAGAAGCGGAAGCUGGAGCCGGAGCGGAAGAGCGAGCUGGCGCGGCGGCUGGGGAUCGCGCCGCGGCAGGUGGCCGUGUGGUUCCAGAACCGCCGCGCGCGGUGGAAGACGAAGCAGCUCAAGCUCGACUUCGACCGCCUCAGGGCCGCCCACGACGAGCUCCUCGCCGGACGCGACGCGCUCCUCGCCGACAACGAAAGCCUCCGGUCGCAGGUGAUCCUAUUAACCGAGAAACUGCAAGCCAAUGGGAAGUCGCCGUCGCCGGCGCCGGCGAACCAAACCGCCGUGCCAACCACACAUGCUACAGUACGGGCAGCUGGAAGCCCUCAUUAUCAGCUCGAAGAAGGCGGCCCCUACGCGGGGAGCACCACCACGGCCGGCGGCGACGCGAUGCCUUCGCCGGCGGCACUUCUGGUCCGCGGCAGCCCGGAGUCCUACUUCGCCGGCGCUCGCUCGCCGCCAUCGUCGGAGGAGGAGGAGGACGGCUGCGGCGUCAGCGACGACGACCCCUCCUCCUCGGCCGCCUUGCUCUCGGGCGCUGUGCUCGUCGGCGCCUCCGGCUUUGAGCACGCCGUGGCGCCGGCGCCGGCGCCGGCAACGGCGACGGUGGCGGCGGACGACGAGGCGCCGCUAAGCAGCUGGGAGUGGUUCUGGAACUGAUCUAUAAUUGGGCUUUUAUAUGUUAAAUUCAAAAAUAUAUAAUGGAUUUUUUUAUGAUUGAUUACUAGCACCACGACAUUAAUGUAUGAUUAAUUAAACAUAUUAAAAUUAAGGUCGGAUUUUUUUUUCAAUUUUGAGUGUAAUCAAAUGCAAUCUUGAAGGAAGGUCACAAUGUUUAUGCACAAAUUACCUGGGCUGAAAUUGAUAU